AUGGCUUUGAAGAUUGUUGCUAUCCUCGUCGCCUUCGUGGGUGUCGCUCAUGGCGCUGUCACCCGACGGGUAACUUGCCCUGACGGCGUCAAUACAGCUACGAACGAGGUCUGCUGCCCUCUCUUCACGAUUCGGGAGGAUAUCCAAAAGCACCUGUUCGACGGUGGAGAGUGCGGCGAGGAGGUGCACGAGUCGCUUCGUCUGACAUUCCAUGACGCUAUUGGUUACUCGAAUACGAGAAACGUCGGCAGUGGAGGUGCUGAUGGCUCGAUUGUCGUCUUCUCCGAACGUGAGAUGACGUACGCGGCCAAUAAUGGCAUCGAAGACAUCAUCGAGUCGCAGAAGCCGUUCAUCGCCAAGCACAACAUAUCCGCGGGUGACUUCGUUCAAUUUGCCGGCGCCGUCGGCGUGUCUAACUGCCCUGGCGCCCCCCGCCUGGAGUUCAUGUUCGGCCGUCCCGACCCCGUCGCCCCCGCCGACGACCUCACGGUCCCUGAGCCUUUCCACUCGGUUGAUCAGAUUCUGGCCCGCUUCGACGAUGCAGGUUUCAAUCCCGACGAGGUCGUAGCUCUGCUUGCGUCUCACUCCGUAGCGGGCGCCGACAACGUCGACGAGACCAUCCCCGGCACGCCCUUUGACUCUACCCCAAGUUCAUUCGAUACUCAAUUCUUUAUCGAGACUCAGCUCCAUGGUACUCAGUGGCCGGGAGUGGGAAACAACAAGGGUGAGGUCCAGUCCCCUAUGGGUGGUGAGAUGCGUCUUCAGUCCGAUGCGGCCUUGGCAAGAGACCCUCGCACAGCAUGCGCUUGGCAAGACCUCGCUGCCCAGCAAUCCAAGAUGAUGGCCGCAUUCAGAGAUGCAAUGGCUAAGAUGGCCAUCCUAGGCCAAGACAGAAGUCAACUGGUGGAUUGCUCGGAGGUCAUCCCGGACCCUCAGCCGGUGAAGAACAGGCCUCAUUACCCCGCUGGGUUUGACAUCAACGAUAUCGAACAAAUGUGCGAUGCGCAACCCUACCCGGCGCUCGCCACGGAUCCUGGCCCAAAAACCGCGGUAUCUCCUGUCCCUCCAUCUUAG